CUCGAAACAGUGCCCAUGCAUUUCCGAUGGAAGUCCUUCAUCCUCACUUUGAGCUAUUGGUGAAUUCUCCAACAACAGUCAAAUUGGUUCACAGAACAAGUCCAGUGAAGAAAAAAUGGGAUAGUUUUGGUGAAAAACAAAACAAGCUUGGGUAAAUGGUGCUAAUUACUGAGAAUGGUGUUGCGAAGGGUGUACUUCUGGUCAAAGAUCACCAAAAUGGCACUAGUGUCAACCAAGCAAGAGGCUGGAACAAUGAGGAGUCCUCCAUACAGAGCGCCACUAUUGUGGAGCCAACAGAUGACUCUUAUUAUGCAGAUGAUGAAGACCACCAUCUUUCUGAUGAUGAUGAUGACGACGACGAUAUCUACCAAGAAUUUGAGGAGUUGGACUUUUCAAAACUACAGGAUAACACGAGCGUUUUGUCGGAUGAUUCCUUCUACCCACCUGAUGAUUCGCUCAACUUCGAAAGAGUUCUGGGUCCUGAGAGCCCCGAACCACUCAGCUUCUUCAAAGCAUGCUGCACUAACAAUGCCAUCAUUGUCAAAAUCCUGAUAAGACAAGGGGUGACGGAGGAGGAGGUGCGAGAGGUGGACAAAAAUAACAGAACAGGUCUGAUAGUGGCGUGUUACCAGGGCUACGUGGAUGUGGUCAUUGCACUUUCUCAGUGUCCACAUGUGGACGUGAACUGGCAGGAUAAUGAAGGGAACACUGCUCUCAUGACUGCUGCACAAGCAGGUCACAGUAUGAUUACCAACUACCUGCUGAACUAUUUUCCCGGGCUUGACACUGAACGCAGGAACUGCCAUGGCUUCACUGCAAUGAUGAAAGCGGCCAUUCAGGGUCGAGCCGAAUGCGUGCGGUCUCUCAUGAUGACAGGAGCAGACAUUGAAGCAAGGGACUUUGGCCGUAAGCAGACCCCACAUGAAUGGGCCAUGUUCACGGGCCGCUACGAGACCGCCAAACUGAUGUCCCGACUGAUGGAACAGCCUUGUGCUGAACAGUUCUGUGACUCUUAUCACAUGGAGUGGCCUAUGCUAAGCGAACUGGUGGCUCGAUCAAAAGAGCCCAAGUCCUGCUUGAGGAAGUUCUCAGAGUGUGUCAGUAACUUGCUCUCAUUUAGCAUGAAGACCAACCCCGUAGAGGAAGGUGUCAUGGACUAUAUGGUACGCAUGACCACGGCGCUGGCCAGCCCGCUCAUAGCCACCGCCUGCCACACCGUGUGCCCGGGCAGCCCUCCGUGUGUUGGAAAACGCCGCCCUGCCGUACAGGACAUCCUCCGUAGACAGCGUCUAGCUGAACUGAAGAACCUGGGGCCCGAGCGCCUCAACAACUACAAGCGGCUCUUUCAGAACUCCAGGGUCCUGCUGGUGCCAAAGAAGCAGGAGCGGCGUGCCAGUCUGCAGCCACAGUUACUGCAAAGUGUAGCGAUGGCCUCCACCAUGGCUCUGAGGAGGAGUAGCCUGCUGCCCCUACACUUGAUGCGCAGAAGCAGUGUGCGUCCUGGAGUAGUGGUGCCUAAAGUCAUGCUGUGUAAAGCUCCUGCCCCUGCAUUCAUACCGGAGCGUCCGCCUAGUAGGACUUCAAAAGACCCAUUACACCUACAGAUCCCUAAAUGGAGGUACAAAGCUCUGAAGGAGGAAAAGAAGAAAGCUGAAGAGAUGAAUAGGUUGAGAUUGCCUGUCGGGAGGAAAAAGUGAUGUGGCUUUUGAUGCCUUAGUGUUUUUUUAAGGAUGUUUUCCUCUGUGAAGGCUUGUGGUCUGUGAGAGGGUCAGCAGGACAAAUUGUACACUCUACUCUUUUAGGCUAGCCUGAUAUCAUCAUACUAGUCGGAAUGUGAGUCUGAUACUGCUCCAUUGGGCUGUGAUUAUGGGGCGUGUUUCAACCUAACCAGGAAAGAAAAUAUCUCUGCACUUAAUUGGAUAGACAUACAACCAAUCAGAGCAACGGAAAUUGCAAGUUGACAGCUUAUUUCAAUAAAACAGUUUAUAAGACAUCCAGACAGAGUUUAAAUAGUGUCUGUGAGAUGGAACAAUGGUGUUGUACUACAGUAUGUCAUUAUUUGUAUAUAGUUAUAAAUGCAUAAUUUACUCAUUUAAUAAACUUUCAAA